UGUCAAGUUCCGAUUUCAAUAUGUCAGCGUCCAUCAAAGCAGUGUGUGACGAACGACAGUAAAAUAAUAAUAUUCAAGGAAAUUGCAGGGAUUUCUGUCUGUAGACAAAACUUUUCAAGCUUUUUGUAGAGAUGACAAAGUGGAAGAGUAAGAAAAAGUUAAAAAUAACAGAUAGUUCAAAAAAAGUCAAACCGUUCCACAAGAAAAACAAUCCUGACAAUGUGAAAAACUCAAAAUCUACAUCACAGGAAAAUAGGAGAGGGUCGGGAGGGAAAGUCAAAGAAGGAUUUAAAAGUAAUCCUAAGAAGAAAAGUUUCAAAAAGAAGAGAUAUGAAGAGAAAGAAGAUGAAGGAGAAGAAGAACUAGAAGUUGUCCGUAACAAACCGCAACAGACCAGCCUGCAGACUGUGCAGGGUGAGGAAAGCAGUGACUCGGAUUCAGAUCAAGAAUUGCAAGACACACGGAAAUGGCUGACAGAACAGAACAGAAAAAAGAAGAAAUCAGGGGGAUUUCAGUCAAUGGGUCUUUCACAUUCAGUUUACAAAGGUGUUAUGAGAAAAGGAUACAAAAUACCAACCCCCAUACAGAGGAAGACUGUUCCUUUAAUUAUGGAGGGGAAAGAUGUGGUUGCCAUGGCAAGGACAGGAAGUGGAAAAACUGCAGCAUUCCUCAUUCCAAUGUUUGAAAAACUCAAAACUCACAUGGCAAAGUCCGGAGCAAGGGGCCUCAUCUUAUCCCCAACAAGGGAAUUAGCUUUACAAACUCUCAAGUUCACCAAAGAGCUUGGGAAAUACACAGGACUGAUGGCUGCCGUGGUGCUAGGAGGAGAUAAGAUGGAUGACCAAUUUGCUGCAUUUCACGAAAAUCCUGACAUAGUGAUAGCCACGCCCGGACGUCUGUUGCAUGUUUUGAUGGAGAUGGAAAAAAAGCUGAAGUCUGUAGAAUAUGUAGUCUUUGAUGAGGCGGACAGGUUGUUUGAGAUGGGUUUUCAGGAACAGCUGAACGAGAUUAUCCAUCGACUUCCAGAAUCCAGACAGACAGUGCUCUUUUCGGCUACACUGCCCCGACUCUUGGUGGAAUUUGCUAAGGCAGGGCUUCAUGAUCCCACACUAAUCCGACUGGAUGUGGAGACUAAACUCAGCGAACAACUCAAGCAAUCAUUCUUUCGCUGCCGUGAAGAUGACAAACCAGCCAUAUUGUUAUACAUACUCAAAGAACUCAUUGAUCCAGAUCAUCAAUCUGUUGUAUUUGCUGCAACCAAACAUCAUGUGGAAUACUUAAAUAUGAUUUUGUCCUACGCAGGAAUAGAAUCCACUUAUAUCUACAGCUCGUUAGAUCCUGCGGCCCGUAAAAUCAAUAUUGCCAAAUUCCAGCAUAAAAAGGUCAAGGUUCUUAUUGUGACUGACCUUGCAGCUCGAGGCAUUGACAUACCGCUACUGGAUAACGUCAUUAAUAUGAACUUUCCCGCUAAGUCCAAGCUCUUUGUUCAUAGAGUGGGUCGAGUGGCCCGAGCAGGAAGGGAGGGAUAUGCUUUUUCUCUAGUGGCUCAUGAUGAAGUACCUUACCUUUUGGACUUGUACAUCUUUUUAGGAAGAUCUCUCAAUUUAGCAACACCUCAUAAAAACUUAACAGAUAGCGAUGGAGUGAUGGGAGAUGUUCCGCAGUCAGUAAUUGAUGAAGCAGAGGAUCAACUUAGGCUUUGGCACAAAGACCACAUCGAUCUGGUGAAUAUGAAGAAAGUGGUUGGAAAUGCCUUGAAGAAAUACCUACGGUCACGCCCCCUUCCAGCAAAGGAGUCAAUUAAACGAUACAAGGAUAUUCUUCAGUCCUCUCCCAUGGGAAUGCAUCCUAUGUUUGCGUCUGAGUUUGGUGAAGAGGAACAGCACAGGAAUGAUCUCCUGAAUGCUCUCAAAUCAUACAAAGGACAUACAACAAUUUUUGAGACCAACACCUCAUCUAAGAACAAGAGCUUUGAUGUAAUGAAACAGAAGAGAGCCUUCCAUCAGACAGUCAUCCACAGAAGAAUAGAGCAGACGUCAGAAUCUAAGGAGGCAGAAGCAGACGACAGUGAUAGGGAGAAUACAGAGCAACAGAUGGCAGACGAGGACAAUUUACAGGAAACAUUCCGGACUGUAAUUGGAGGAAAGAGGAAGGCCAAUAGCAAAGUAUUUGAUCCAAAAAGAAAAAAGAAACGUAAAUCGGAGAGUGUCAGAGAUGAAGAAAAUUACCUGCACUAUCGUCCCAAGGAUUUCCAGUCGGAGCAGGGAUUGAGUCUGGGAACUUCUUUUGACAAGGAGGCAUCGAGUGCAGUUUUAGACUUACGAGAUGAGAUAAAUAAAUCCAAAGCUACAUCUCACAUCAAAUGGGACAGAAAGAAGAAGAAAUUUGUCAGCACUAUUGAACAGGCAGCCAACAAGAAAAAGAUCAGAACCGAGAGUGGGGCAUUGAUAUCAGCCUCCUAUAAAUCUCGUGCUUACAAGGACUGGCUGAAUAGAAACAAAAUGGCUACAGCCAAUGAUAGUGGUGAUGAAGAGGAAGAAGUUGACAACAGGAAGAAGGAACCAGACUACAGAUUAAAGGUCACGGGAACCAGACAAAGGAAUUGGCAUACAAAAGUCAGUAACAAAGACAACAAUGAUCAGAAGGGAAGCAGACGAGAGCUGAAGCAUCCAGACGAAAUCUUCAAACAGCGAAAACUAAAAGCCAGAAAAGAGGCUUUUCAGAAACAAAGGCAAAAACAGAAACAGUCUCGCAGAAACUUCAAAACUCAGAAAUCUAAAAAGAAGCGCUGAGAGACCAUGAUUUAUUGUUAUUUUGUCAUUUCAUUAAAAUCUUUGGGAUAUGUUCAA